CUUUUAGCUAUGUCUAAACACCAACCAUAUCCUUAUUGGAUCUCCACUGACGAGCGGGAAUACCAAAAACAAAGUUUGCUGGAUCAAGAAAUCGAAAUGCGACACAAACCAUCCUCACUUAGCACACCAUCGACAGACCGGGGAUCGAAUAUUGAUGAGCAUCGCGACACUACCAUCUCGUCUCUACUGACUCAGGAAGAUGGAACAUUGGGAUCUGAGUUCUCAAUUGGCUCCACGGCAGUAGGCAAUGCUGCACAGCAUACCAGGGAUAAUAAUGUACCAGAUGCAUCUCCGUUGGGGCAAGAAAAGUCUCUGAGGAUGAUGCCGGGCUGGCCGUUGUCACCUAAAAGCAUAAACACACCAAUCUAUGUCAAAGUUCUUAAUGGUAUCUUCGAUAUCCUUUUACUCGCUUGUUCAGCUACCUUUCUCGCGUUUGCCAUCGUCAUAGAUGUACAUGACCAAGUUCCCACGGCAGAUUACCCACGGCUGACUACGGGUCCAACUGUUUUCCCUAUCCUAUUCGCCUCAAUCGUUGGCCGUGCAGUGCAUGCUAUCCUUCUAUGGCGUCUUGAGAAAGGCGAGCGGAUCGGCAUAUUAGACACACUCGCUAGUAGUACAUCACUUACUAGCACUGUGACCUCGCAGAUUCAGCUUCGCUCAUUUAGUAUACUUGGUGUAGCACUGCUAGCUGUGUGGUUGUUAUCGCCGAUUGGAGGUCAAGCCUCAGUCAGAGUCCUGUCCAUAAGGUCAAAAGAUACUGGGAUACACGAUUCCUCGUGGUACAUGGUUAACAGCGGAUACCUUGGUGCAUACUCCCCCAAGGUAACGGCAAUUCAGGGUGGUUCGAUGGCGGGUGCGGUAUUCGUAGCAGCCCUCAUGGGAUCACCAGAAACAAAGUCUUCCCUGCUUGAUUUAUGGGGAAAUGUCAAGGUACCGAGAAUAGAGGGAUACGAACAGGUCGCCACAAUGAAAUAUGAUGGCUGGUACGAAAUCGAAGGCAGCGAUAGCGACACAUACUCGUCCCUUGUUGGCAUACCCAUCCUCGGCACAAACCAAUCGAACUUCAUCGACUAUAUUACGCGGAUCCACUCUCCAUACUUUCACUUACAAUGUUCCAUCAAAACUACAGUGUCGGAUACAGAUUGGUUCAUGGAUAAAGUACUUCCUGGAUUGACUUCAAAUGCAAGUAGCCCUGGCUCUUGGCUCUUUUGGGACAUUCCGGAUUCAUCGCUUGACGAGAACCCGAGUCGGGAGGGUUGGAGAGAGACAAUAUUGCCGGAGUUAGUAUCACCAUUAAAGCUCAAGUACGUUCCAUUAUAUUCCAGUAAUUUCACUCUUACCUGCGAUAUGACACAGUCAUACGUCGAGACUGAGAUCCGAUGUCCGACAUCGUCGACCUGCGCAGCUAGGAGGAUACGUCGAUCGACAUUGGACCACUUUCCAGCCCCGUGGACAUAUCUGGACAUCUCUUGGCAGUCGCCACGGCUUCUUUUUCAGGGUAUACUAAACUCGAUUGCCAGAGGAAGUAACCAUUAUCCACAGUUGUUCGAUCGAUACCUUACAGAUCCGGAUUUAAGCAAUUCAAACUUCGCAAAUUUAUCUCCAACAACAGAAGAACAGUAUACUAUUCGGCUCGGCCAAAUGCUUAAUACCUACUUCUCAUGCUUGAGCGGAUUCUUUGCUAUCACUGCAGGUAUCAACAACGAUACCGCUUAUUAUUGGGACAGCAACCAAACGUUUGAGCUCUCACCUAAUGUCAACAACUCAUGGCAGGACCUUUACGACGCACCGAUGUUUGGAAAUAUAGAAAGCAACAUAUUUAAGGCGGAAGCAUGGACCAGCGAAAUAACAAAGACUGAGCGGAAAGAGGUUAUCGUAGCUCAUCGCGCUUGGGUCAUCGCCUUAUUUCUCGCUUCCAUCGUUAUCAUCGUUGCGAGUCUUGUCGCCCCAUUUGUUCGCCACUUCCUCACCACAGGAGUCGACGUGGCGAUGAACAUUUCGUCACUUGCGACAAGAACCAAUCCGUACAUAUCAGUACCCCAGACAGGCACAUACCUAGAUGCUUCCGAUCGCGCUCGACUACUUUACAAUCAUCAAAUACGCCUUGGGGACGCUAAAAGCGGAACAGACGUUGGUAGUAUUGUAAUGGGCUCUUUUGAUCGCGUUGGAGAUUUAGGCAUUGCAAGAGUGCGAAAGAGACGUGCAUACCAGUAG